AGCCCAGAAAACGAUUUGAAGAGCGCGGAGAAGAGGGCUUUUUCUUUUCGCCAGGGAUGGAGGGUUGGGUUCGCGGCCUGGUGGAAGCCAUUCAUUCAAGCCCCACUCAGGCCGUCAUCGUCCUCGCCGGCGGCGCUUCCCAGGCACUGGGAUGGCUGAUGUCGGUCCCAGGCGCUUCUAAUACUAUUCUUGAAGUCGCCGUGCCCUACUCUAAGAUCUCCAUGGCCCAAUUUCUCAGCAAGAUUCCUACUCAAUUCACGAGCCAACAAACUGCAGAGGAAAUGGCGUUGGUGGCAUACAAUCGUGCUCUGAAGCUUUCUAGACCAGGUCUACCAGUUUUGGGUGUUGGAUUUACUGGGUCAUUAGCUAGCACACAUCCAAAACGUGGCGACCAUAGGUACACUUUCCCUUUCCUCUUCCAAUUGUUUUGUGAGGUGCUAUGGAUUUGACCAAGUGUAAAUUCAUCUCAAACUGGUACAUAUUUCAGUUAGAUUGUAGUCAAUUCUUUCUAAUAUGUUUCUCCAAAUUCAUACAUAAUUAUAAUUUCUUAGUUUGGCAUUUCCACUCCUAUUAUAAAUCUAACACCUCAAACAAUAGUGAAAUUACCGUGUAAUAAGGUAAGGAAACUUGUUUGUACUAUGAAUAGUGACUGUAACAUAAAGAUCUGAAAUGCCAAACUCUUUGAGAGAAGUUAAUCGAUCAGUCCACAUCACAAAAGUUAUAGGAGAAAUUCUGAGGAAAUAAGAUGAAAUACAAAAUGAGAAUUUCUGAAAGAAUGAGAUGAAAACGAUUGAUGUGAUAAUUAUACUAUGUUACUCGAUUGAUUAAAUUAUGAUAUCCUCACUGACCUACUUAUACCACAUUAUACUCCUCAAUAGACUGAUUCUGCAUAGGCUUGCCAGGUAUUGACUGAUGCAAGCAGUAUGCCAAUGCUUGUUUACCUACCCACCCUGCUGCUAGCUUGUAGGCACCUCUCUGUGCUGAUUGGUGCAAAUUUUUUAGGCACCGCUCUACAAAGCAUGCCAAAUAUAAUUAUUCUCUCAUAAAUAAUGCAUAUUGAAUUAGCUUUUUAUCAAUUAUCAUGAGAUGACAUGUUUUGAGAUAGCGCAAGGUUAGGUUCCUCCGAUUAAGGAAGGAAUAAUAUCAUUGAUUGGUGGGUGUGACAUUCUUACAUUAGGUUGGCACCCACGUGAAGGUCGUACAGGGUUUAAAGUUUUGUUGAGGGCUUUGAAGAGCAUACCGGUAAUUGGCAUAGUUUUUGGGAAGAACUUCAAAUGGUGUGCUAUAGGAUAGGUGUGUUCCAUUAGUACAGUUGAUGUGCAGCUGGACUUGAUAGAGAAAUCGGCUAAGAGGAAUACAAGUUUUAUCUUUUACUAGUAUAGUAACCCGUGCAAUGCAUCGGGUAAUUUUUUUUUUAUUUUUUUAGAAAAUAAUUUUGAUUCGAAAUGAUUUAAUAUAUGCGAAGAAAAUUGCAAGAGAAGAAAAAACUGCAUAUUAGUGCAGAACUGAUUCAAGAUUUCAA